GUAAAAGCAAUCUGAUUGGUUGAAGUCACAUGCCUGGUUGAAGUCCACUACUCAGGUGAUUAUUCACAGUUCUUUCAAGUUGGUUCACACAAGCAGUGAUUUGAAAAAGUGAAAAAAAAAAAAAAAAUCCAGACCUCGGCAAAUUGUGCUUCAAAUAUCCAGUCAUGUGGACACCUACAAAAAAGAUGAUAGUGACUGCUGCAUUGAUACUGGCUGUGACCUCUUGUUGCCACGCACAAAUUCAAGUCAUCAGAACUGAGAAUGAAGCAAUGAACUUCAUUGCCCAGCAAAGGUAUAGAAAGACAGACUAUGUUAAAGCAGAGGAAUUACAAGCAAUAGUACACGAUUUGGUUUUACAACCCCUGCUGUAUUCAACAGAGCAGUUGGUUACAAAUGAAACACCAACAACUGGAAAAUCUGAAACAACAACAACAAAUGCAACAAAAAGAAAUAUGACUGCAGAACCCACAACAAUGACAGUGACAAAUGUAACAAUGGAACCUAUAACAAUGAUAGUGACAAAUAUGACAAUAGAGACUACAAUGACAGUGCAAAACACCACAAUGGAGGCUACAACAAUGAUGAUAGUAACUGAAAUAACAGAGGAACCAGCAAGUCAGUGCUUCAUAGAUCUGGAAACUUUUCGAUCGGACAUUUUAAGGGCAGAACAUUAUGCUCUGAUGAUGUUAGAUUCAUAUGGAAAGAUUCCACCUGGUAUACUUCAAGGUAAUAAAUUGUGGCUUGGACUUUAUGAUCAAUGCUCAAACCAGUCCAGGCAACUUGAUGGUGGUCGAGAAAAUUUCAAAGCAGUGUAUUGUCUAGCUUCAGUUACAGAAAAGAAUCAACCUCUUUUAAGUGUGGGAGUAUGUGUUCCAGACAGUUGCAAAAGCACUGACUUGGCAGAACUUAUAGGAAGUGAUUCUGUCAAGAAUGUUUUUUCAGUCUCUUAUUCAUGCAGCAAAACACCAGACUACACACCUGCUGCCAUUGUAUGUCUUAUAUUCCUUUCUUUCCUCGGACUCUUCAUAAUGGUGGGAACAAUGUAUGACUUCUUGAGAAGAUAUGAAGUACUAGGAGGUCGACGAGAUGGAUUUGAGGCGUUGGCAGAGGAUCACAGGGCUGAUCAUACCAUCAAUGGCCCCUCUUCUGACAAGAAUGUGAAGAUAUCAAAUGGGGAUGCACCUAUUUCAAUUCAGAAUAUAAAACCAGAGAAUGAAAGAUUCAUUGUGAAGUUUAUUUUGUGUUUCUCCUUGUUAAUCAAUGGUAGUAAGAUUCUGAACACCAAACAAGGGGAAGGAAGUUUAGGAGCACUUAAUGGUAUUAGAGUCCUUAGCUUAUGGUGGGUAAUACUGGGCCACACUUAUAUUUUCCCAGAGACAUUAUUUAGUAAUCCAACUAUAAUUGUUGAUAUUCUUUCACGAUUCACAUUCCAGGCUGUUGGUAAUGCUACCUUUUCUGUUGAUUCCUUUUUCUUUCUCAGUGGCUUACUGGUAACUUACUUAACUUUAAAAUAUUUGAGGAACAAUAAUGGUAAGCUCAACUGGGUGAUGUUCUAUGUCCAUAGGUACCUCAGACUAACUCCUGUUUAUAUGCUUGUUAUUUUCUUCUUUGCAACGCUAACACCAUACUUAGCAACUGGACCAAUUUACUCAAUUGUUUUUGAUCCAAAUCCUGCCCCUGGUAUAGAGAAUCAAUUAACAUACUGCCAAGAUUACUGGUGGACAAAUUUACUUUACAUCAACAAUCUCUACCCCUCAAGUCUUCAGACAGAAUGUCUUGCAUGGAGUUGGUAUCUUGCUAAUGAUAUGCAAUUUUUCAUUAUCAGUCCCUUUGUAAUUUAUCUUCUAUAUCACUACUUCUUUGCAGGGGUGGUAGCUUGGAGUAUUCUCCUUAUAACAUCAUUUGGGAGUUUGAUAGGUGUUUCCAUCAAAUAUAAUAUCACUACAUAUGCUUUAUCACUGAAUCCAAAUGUAAAAACAUUUGGUGCUGAUGAAAUAUAUGUUCGACCCUGGACUCGUAUCCCCCCAUACCUUGUCGGUAUGGCUGUGGGAUACAUCUUGUACAAAUAUUUGGGACGGGUUCGUAUGCGACGUCACGUGGCCAUAAUGGGAUGGAUAGCAGCAACAGGUAUUGGUCUUGCAGUUGUUUAUGGUCUCUAUGGCAACUACCAUGGAAACCUAUUAAGUGAAGGAGCAUCUGUUGUGUACAUCACCCUCUCAAGAUUUUCAUGGGCUGUAGCUCUGGCAUGGGUAGCAUUUGCAUGUGUCACUGGGUAUGGUGGGCCAGUGAAUUCUUUACUUUCCUGGUCAGUAUGGAUACCACUUGCCCGUAUCAGUUACUGCGCUUAUCUUCUUCAUCCCAUUAUCAUGUUUGUCUUCUACUACUCCCUACCUACGUUGAUCUAUUUUUCUGAUUUCUUGUUGAUAUAUUUUUUCCUAGGUCAUGUAGUUCUUUCAUACGCAGCUGCGUUUGUUUUGUCUGUAUGUAGCGAGGCACCAUUUAUGGCACUGGAAAAACUAUUUUUGAAACGAGGAAAAAGUGUUUAGAGUUUUAGAUCUUAAUUCCUAUUGUAAUAUUCCCGCCAUCCUUAAAUAACAUUUUUUAAUGAGGUUCUUUGAUGAAAUGGCAAUCAAAAAUUGACCUCAUUCAAUCUAGUAGACGUUUUACAGUAACUACUGUAUGACUAUAUCAAGUCCCUGUUGUAUUCAUAAUUACAUCAUUAUUGGCUUAAUUAAUGUACUAUAAUAUUAGUUGUUACAUUUUAAUGAUGGAGAAUUUGAAUACCAAAUGAAAAUUUGAUAAACUCAUGCGAGGGAGGCGCCAUCUUUGUUGUUGUUACGAUGAAGCUACAUGACUACAAUGCAAUGGAAUCACAUGUGGCUGCUACAUGUUAAUUUAGCCUUUUGAAAGCUAUGGUUGAUGAAUCUUAUAUUGAACACACCAAUGAUACAUCAGAAUUUUGUAAACAAUAAAAAAAAAAGUAAAAUAUUUCAAGUCAGCGAUUGAGUCUGACCCUAGGCAGAAAUCGUCGAUUCGGACAAUUUAGUCAUGUUAACUUUGUAAAGGUGUGCAUAAUUUAGUCGUAGAUGUAGUCAAAUUUUGUUUUAAGAAUACGACAUAACGUAAUUUUUAAGUUUUACCUCAAAACAUAUAACUGAAGUUCAUUUUAAGAAUACUGGGGUUAGUCUGAAAGGAUUGUGGGUGCCUAUUUAGUUCUGAUAUAUUCAUUGUGUUAAUUUACAGGUUCUGUUGUAAAUACGGUCAUGUGGUGGCGCCCUUCACCCUCAAUAAUCUCACUUUAAAAGCAAAAAAAUAAAAUAAUUACAAUGAAGUUUGCCAUUUUGGAAGAAUGUAUGAUACUGAAAUAAAUGCAAUAAAGCAAGCAAGUCCUGAAAUUCAGUGCAUUGUUAUUGCACAAAAAUAAAGUUGUCAUUAUCAUUCAAAAAUUAUUUAGUUUUGUAGUAUAGUAUUCUCCUACCAAUUUAUUAGUCAAUCACAUGAUGGCUUGCAGUAAAAGUGUUUUAAGGUAAAAUUUUAAAAACAGGUAUUUGCAUGUUUCGACAAAUGAGUGUGAUAGCUAAUGUGUUAACGACCAUUAUGGCAGAUCAUUAAAUAUACAAAAAAU